AUGGCUAAACCAAAGCAAAUUGUUAACUUUAUUCGGUCAGAGACUGAUCUAUUCUCUGAACCCGGCUACGACUUGACUCUUGCCAGCUCACACCGAGUUGAUUAUCAUCCAAUAACAAACAUUUCAGAUCGAUCCACUCCUCUGACAUUUAUUAUUCAAGGAAAUGAUUCACAAUACAUUGACUUUUCUGAAACACAACUCUAUAUUCGCUGCAAGAUUGUAGAUAGCAAGGGAGCUGAUAGGGAUGCUGCUCAAACUGAUACUGCGCCAAUUAACAAUUUUCUACAUUCAAUGUUUAGUCAAGUUGCUAUUUAUUUUAAUGAUACGCAAAUCACUUCCCCAACUUCAUUAUACCCAUACAAGGCUUACUUGGAGACUCUGCUAUCUUUUGGCAAAGAGUAUACCAAGACUCAAGCAAUGGCUGCUCUGUAUCACAAAGAAGCAGAUCCAACCACAGGAGAUGAAGGGUGGAAAACUCGAGAGAAACUGGCAAAUAAUAGCAAAGUGUUUGAACUGUGUGGAAAACUGAAGACGGCUAUAUUUAACCAAAACCGAUUUUGCAUCCCAGGAAUUGAUAUAAAAAUUGUACUAUAUCGAGCACCAGACAGUUUUUGUCUGCUAAGCAAGACCUCCGGAUCAGCACAAGAUGCAGCACAACUUCACAUUAUGGAAGCUAAAUUUGUUGUCCAAAAGCAUACUCUACUUCCAUCAAUUACAAUGGGACAUUUAAGAUUAAUGGAAAAGGAUCGUCUUGUAGUCGGCAUCGUCUCGAGUAAAGCUGUACACGGACAUUACAAUGAAAACCCAUUUAACUUUCUUCAAGCAGAUAUAUCAAGCAUCACUGUAACCGUGAACUCUGAGCAAGUAACAUCUCAAACGUUUGAACUUGAUUUCGAUAAUAAGAAAAGUAUUGAAGCGUACUUUAGGGUAUUUUCGGGACUGGGUCUAUCAAAUCUUGACACUGGAAUAGAACUAACGUUCGAUAUUUUUAAAACUGGAAAAACUCUCUAUGUUUUUGACUUGAGACACCAACAUGAUGGGUUCGCCAUACCAAGACAUGGAAGUGUGAAAAUCGAGAUAAAGUUACGAAAUGCAACUACGUCUGCAAAGAACAGUUCUUUGUCAUUGUGA